CCGCGGGGCCUCUGCACGCACCGCCCCAGGAAGUCGCGAGCAGGAAACGCCCAUGGAGGCCCGGCAGGGCUGCGGUGAGUGGGCCCGGGCAGCGCAGGACUUAAGGCACCAGAAAGUCCCGCAGCCGUCGGCCACCGCCAUCGGGCACCUUUUUCCUCUUUCUCCCGUCCUCCUGCUCUCCAGGCGGUCUCUUCUUGAGCUGGUGGCUGGAGCUCUCCUCCAACCGUCAGGAUUUGCAUUUGAACGGAAGACACUGGAGAGCCGGUCACCCCACCCCCAGAGAGCUAAGCCUCUGCAGGAGGGAAGAGGGGACGAGAGACCCAACAGGACACCUCUACUUACGUUCCAGCCUACGUGAGUGCUGGGGCAAGUGGGAAACUCGGAGGCAGGGCUACCAACCUCUUUAUGAAGCGUCUGAUUUCGUGACCAGAGCUCCGUGGUCCGUGUGUAAAUGGCUCGACUCCCUGCCGGCAUUCGCUUCAUCAUCUCAUUCUCCCGGGAUCAGUGGUACAGAGCCUUCAUUUUUAUCUUGACAUUUUUGCUCUAUGCGAGUUUCCACUUAUCUCGAAAGCCUAUCAGCAUAGUUAAGGGUGAGCUCCACAGGUACUGUGCUCCUGUGAAUAAGGGCAGAGUCAGACCCGACGGCCAGAGCCAAAUAGCCAGCGGUGUCGCCACUCACCAGCUCCCAGACAACGAGACCGACUGCGGCUGGGCCCCGUUCGAUCAGGACAACUACCAGCAGCUGCUCGGGGCCCUGGACUACUCCUUUCUGUGCGCCUACGCCGUCGGCAUGUACCUGAGUGGCAUAAUAGGGGAGCGCCUGCCGAUUAGGUAUUACCUGACUUUCGGAAUGCUGGCAAGUGGCACCUUUACUGCCCUGUUUGGGUUGGGCUAUUUCUACAACAUCCACAGUUUCAGCUUCUACGUGGUAACUCAGAUCAUCAACGGACUGGUGCAGACCACCGGCUGGCCCAGCGUCGUCACCUGCCUCAGCAACUGGUUUGGGAAGGGAAGGCGAGGCUUGAUUAUGGGGGUCUGGAAUUCCCACACCUCCGUGGGCAACAUCCUGGGGUCCUUGAUUGCUGGCUACUGGGUGUCCACAUGCUGGGGCCUGUCCUUCAUCGUGCCCGGGGCCAUCGUGGCAGCCAUGGGGGUCGUGUGCUUUCUCUUCCUUAUCGAACAUCCGAAGGACAUAGCCUGCUCUCCCACCCUGGUGGCGCACUCAAAAAGCUAUGAGAAUGGCACGCACAGAUUUAGACUGCAGAAGCCAGCCGCACCGGACGAGAAGCUUCUGGACCCGGAGACACAGUGCUUGCUGCUGUCAGACGGGAAGCGCGCCAUCCGUCAGAACCACGUGGUCCUCCUCCCCGCGGCCGAAGGUGGGAGCAGCAUGGCCGCCAUCAGCUUCAUGGGGGCCUUGAAAAUCCCUGGUGUGGUCGAGUUCUCCCUUUGUCUGCUCUUCGCAAAGCUGGUCAGCUACACGUUCCUCUUCUGGCUCCCUCUCUACAUCACAAACGUCGAUCACCUGGAUGCCCAGAAGGCAGGGGAGCUGUCCACCCUGUUCGACGUGGGCGGGAUCUUUGGUGGGAUCCUGGCGGGAGUCGUCUCCGACCGACUGGAGAAGAGGGCCUCCACCUGCGGGCUGAUGCUGCUGCUGGCCGCCCCGACGCUGUACGUCUUCUCCACCAUCAGCAAAAUGGGCCUGGAAGCCACCGUAGCCAUGCUGCUCCUCAGCGGGGCCCUGGUCAGUGGGCCCUACGCGCUCAUCACCACCGCCGUCUCUGCUGACCUGGGGACGCACAAAAGCCUGAAGGGAAACUCCCACGCCCUCGCGACCGUGACCGCCAUCAUUGACGGAACUGGGUCUGUAGGAGCCGCCCUGGGCCCGUUGCUGGCUGGGCUCAUCUCCCCAUCUGGGUGGAACAACGUCUUCUACAUGCUGAUGCUGGCGGAUGCCUGUGCCUUACUGUUCCUCAUCCGCCUCAUACACAAGGAGCUGAGCUGCCCAGGGUCAGCGACAGCAGACCAAGUUCCGUUUAAGGAACACUGACCACUGGGGUCCUGUGGAGGGGGCUGGGCCUGCCCUCCACACGCUCUUUCAAGGGAAAGUUCAAAUAAAGAAUCCUGGGUUCGUGUUGAAAAGAAUGACUUACUCUUGCCUUUUGCACAUGCACCUGGAAGAGACACAGAAGCCACCUUGAGAAUUCCUGGUACUUUUUAGACGAGCCCUGGUGCUUGGGACAGUGCUGAGGACGCACUGCCGCCGUGGCUGAGCCCAGCCCGGGCAGCGGGCACCGGGCAGGGGCUGCUGUGAGGCUCCCAGGUGCCCUCCACCCCUCAGGUAUCUGGCGUAGUCUCAGAACGGGGCGAGUGCCAUGCUGGCAGGAACUCCGAUGACACUAGGACAUGCCGUGUGGAAGACGGUCAGGGCACAGCAGCCAGCAGGGAGCCACCUCCCGAAGGACAAGAACCUGACAACUGGAUCAGAACCCCGCACAGAACCUAGACCCGCCCCUCACCUGAGACGCCGGCACUUCCUCCUGCUCUGCGCCCACCUGAAAACCACGGCGACGCGUGAGCAGCAACGAAGCUGUCCAAGCCUGUGCGGGUCAGAGGCACCAGGACACCAGCCCCGGAGCCCCCGGGAGAUUCCUGCCCUCCCAGCACCGAGGGCCAGGACGCUGCCGCUCCCCCGGGGGCACCCGUAGUGGGCAGGUGCCCAGUGCGGAAUUCGUUCCACUCCACGACGCGCCAGACCUGGAACUUUGCGCUGUGCGGCCCCGAGUGAUUUAUUUAUUGAGCCGUGUGCUGCGCUGCGGAAGCCCAGCUACACACGUGGUGUUAUUUAUUAAGACCGACCGGCCCGUGGUUCUGUGGCCACUGUUUUCUUGUUGUCACCUGGGAAAAUCCUCAUCUGCCCUUGGAAAUAAAAUGUUUUGGGUUUUUAAAAAAAAACUCGGAAUGUUGAUUGUUCCUCCUCCCGUUUCCAUUAUUUUAGUAAAAGGAGACUUUCAAAUAGAACUGGU